CCGGAGAACUUGUUGUAUUUUAAUCCUCAAGAUGAAUCCAAAAUCAUGAUCAGUGACUUCGGUCUGUCCAAGAUGGAGGGCAGCGGUGAUGUCAUGUCUACGGCCUGCGGCACGCCGGGAUACGUGGCUCCGGAGGUUCUGGCCCAGAAGCCGUACAGCAAGGCCGUGGACUGCUGGUCCAUCGGAGUGAUCGCCUACAUCCUGCUGUGUGGUUAUCCUCCCUUCUAUGAUGAAAACGACUCCAAGCUGUUUGAGCAGAUCCUUAAAGCUGACUACGAGUUUGACGCACCGUACUGGGAUGACAUAUCAGAUUCAGCCAAGGAUUUCAUCAGCUGUCUGAUGGAAAAAGAUCCAACCAAGAGAUUCACCUGCGAACAGGCCCUCAGACAUCCCUGGAUCGCCGGAGAUACGGCUCUCUGCAAGAACAUCCACGAGUCAGUCAGCCGACAGAUCAAAAAGAACUUUGCCAAGAGCAAAUGGAGGCAAGCCUUCAACGCCACCGCCGUGGUGCGYCACAUGAGGCGCCUGCAACUCAGCAGCAGCAUGGGCAGCAGCACGGACGCCUCCAACCCGAGGUCCGGUCAGACGCAGAGGCCAGCCCAAAACCAGAACCAGGCGGGUCAGAACCAAAGCAGCAGCCAGGCGGGACAGAGCCAGACUCCCAACACUGGCAGCAAAAKCUCUGCCGUGGACAACAACAUGACCGCCCCCCGCAAAGAAUGUGUUCCUGCACCCGUCACCCCCUGCAGUCUGGCCUCUGCGGCAUCAUCCACYGCCACCGGGACAGAACAGAACCGGCCCCACCCCCCGGCGGUGCCGGCCCUGAUGAUGACGGAGACCAAGUGACGCCAGGUCCCGCGGAGCACCAGCUGGGAGGCCACAGCGCUGUGAGGCGAGGAGAGACGGGAAAGAGACGAAGGACCAGCGGAGAGGAGGAGGAGGAGGACUGGAUUCUUCCUCGCCACUCUUCCAAUGCAUUCUCUCUUGGAUGUGCCCCCGCCCCCCUCCUCAACUGGUGCCCCGCCCUGCUUCUGUGAGCAGAGGACUGUACCCCACUUCACCCCCCACCCGGACAGCAGAGCACCCGCCGAUUCUCUCUAUUUCGAGGUGCAGACGAUGGAUCUGAUGACAUCAUAACCUCCAUCAGUCAAGUUUCUC